GAAAGUAGAAAAAGAGAAUUUGCAUUGAACUUUGAGUACAGUUGCAGUAGUGUCCAAAUGAAUGGUGCUGCGGCUGCUUCUCCUGCCAGAACUUAAAACCCUAACAAACAAAUCCAAAAACCCUACUUUUAAUCUAUAUAUUUUACCCAUUUCGGCUCCGGUUUUCUCUCCACAGCUGUUGUGGUUAUUCUGUACUCUUUCUUCCUCGGUUUGAUGUAGAUAACUACGCAAUUCCCUCAAAACUCUCUUACGGAAUCGACAACUUCGGGGGCUCUGCAUUUUCCGGUCAAUUGGGUUCUGAGGAUCGGAACAAGGAAUAAGGAAUACCCAUAAAGGGUUUGUUGUUGGUAAUGGACUCUAGAGAAGUGCACCAUCCGCCAGGGCCACCGCCCGGGCCAUCACUACUGGUACGACCACCGCAACCCAUGAUGAUGGGUCUCGCCUCCUCUUACCCUACCAACUCCGUCAUGAUCGCCCCCAACCCCACGCACGCCAUUCCCUCUUCCGCGGCGCGGUUCCCUUUUCAUUCCCUGAUUCCGCAGUCAAUACAGCAACCAAAGCCGCUUGAUUCACUUAGUUCUUCCAGCUUUGAUGGAUUGCCGCAGAUGGGGUAUAAUACAGACCCGACGGCGAAGAAGAAGCGAGGGAGGCCCAGGAAGUACACUGCCGAUGGGAACACUGCCCUGCAGUUGGCGACCACACCUCCAAUUCCAUCCUCCUCCGCAAAUCAUGUUGACUCUGUUGGCCUCGGGAGCAGUGGCGGCGCUGCGACCCCCGCCUCCUCCGAACCUCCUGCCAAGAAGAACCGUGGAAGGCCUUCGGGAUCAGGAAAGAGGCAAUUGGAUGCACUAGGAGGAACUGGAGGAGUGGGAUUCACGCCGCAUGUUAUAACAGUGCAAGCAGGGGAAGACAUAGCGGAGAAGAUUAGGGCUUUCUCUCAACAAGGACCACGCUCAUUUUUUAUUUUAUCUGCAAAUGGUGCCAUUUGCAAUGUUACACUUCGCCAGCCCACAUCAUCUGGUGGUAGUGUGACCUAUGAGGGCCAAUUUGAAAUUAUUUCUCUAUCGGGUUCCUUCCAUGUUUCUGACACCAAUGGUAAUCGUCGUGGGGUUGGUAGUUUAAGUGUUUCCUUGGCAGGAUCAGACGGUAGAGUUUUGGGUGGUGGAGUUGCAGGGAUGUUAACAGCAGCUUCAGCCGUGCAGGUCAUUGUGGGUAGCUUCAUUGCUGACGGGAAAAAACAGAGUUCAAACUCAAUCGUUCCGGUAUCUGCAGCUUCUUCACUACCAUCAGCCCACAUGCAGAAUUUUGCUACUCCGAGAACAUCAGGUAGCACUCCCUCUCAAGGGGCUUCAAGUGAGUCUUCUCAUGAGAACGGUGAUGGUGGUAGCCCAAUCCGUCGAGUCCAGCCGCUUUAUGGUAGUGCUGCUCCAUCCAUUCAUAAUAACGGGAUGCAGAUGUACCACCCACUUUGGACUCGCCACACUCAACAAUGAAGGUGCUUAGAUGUGAAGAGUACUGACUCUUUGGACAUCAACUCUGUAACUGCUCUAAUAUAGCUGUUGGUAGUCAACAUCAAAUGCCAGGAUGCAUUAACAAGUACAAUUCCUGGAGGAUCUUCUUCUUUUACUUAUAUUAUUAUUUUACUCCCCCCUUUUUUUUUACUCCCAUUUUCGCUGCUAGAUAAGGCCAUUCUGGAUUAGCUUUAAAUUGGUUCUCCUCCUGAUUGAAACAUAAUUAUUGCUGAUAGCUAAAAACACCUCACCAUUGCCGCUGCUAGGUUCCAGUUG